CAGACCAUAUUCGUGAUUCCAUGCUUGGUAAUGAGUAGUGCUGUCUCAUCUCCGGAUUCAAACUCACCGACCUCCCAUGCUUCCAUUGACCACGAAAGCUUUGCCAACUUACAAUUAGAAACGCCGAAAAAACGUGUUAGGGAAAAAACUGCAGACAUCACAAAGCCAGCGGUUUCUUUUUCAACACCUACGCCAAACCGUAUGUACAUUUGCUUAUAGAUGAAGCCGCUUCCCUUUAUAUUUCUUUAUGCAGCCUUCGCUAAACCAUGGGAUAAAUUUUUGCUCCAUAGGGCAAUCAAAUGACGCAAAUUACCUCCGCCGAAAACUGCGAAACUCAAUGACAGGCACAAGCCCAAAUCGACCGACCCAACAAGAUCACUCUGAAUACAUAUCAAGUCUCAACAAUACUCCGCGUAUCCUUCGAUUUCAGGCACGGCUAGCAGAUGCAGCUACAAACCUCCGAUACCUCUCCCAGCCAGAGGACGAUAUGUACCUAGAGCCAUCAUCUCCUCAUAGUGCCAGUAGUGAGUCUACAUUGGACAGGAUGGAUCAUCUUAUAGAUGAUUCCACAUCAGAUAACCCUUUCUUUACGUCUCCUUCGGCUAAGCAAGCGGCUAUCAAACGGCGGCGGUCCAUUAAGUCAGCCAAGGCGAUUGAAAUUGAAAUGGAUCCAGAAGAUUCGCCUAUGAGAAAUCGUUCAGUGUCUCGAUCUAGAAGAAGCUCUACAGUGUCAUCUGUAACCUCAUACGACGACACGCCUUCCGUUUACCCCAUUGGCUCUUUUGGUGAGAAGCUUGCCAGUGCCGCUAACGACAACUCAGCGCAAAAGCGAACCCAGCGGACGGUCAGUGGCUUUGGAUCAGUUUCAAGAGCAAAGCGUAGAAAACUGAAAGUGAGAAAUGUGGUUGAUCCAAAAUUAUGGACGCAUUCUCAAGACUCAACAGAAGCUUCAGUUCGAGCUGAGAUUGAUGAAGACGACAGCCCCACUUUUGUUAUGAAAAAGCAGACAGACGGUGAUAACCCUCGACGACGAAUAAGAGGCAACAAACGCGACUCUAUGCGAGUCAUUAUGGGAACCCCUGUUCCUCAUCAUUCUCAUAUCAAGCAUAGACACUCUAGGCCACAAGAUUCAUUGGAUGUCAAAUUGAAUCGACUUCGACAAACAACUUCCGCGACCGAGCUGGAUCUCAGCUCCCAUAAUAUCGUCCCGGAUAGCUUGGAGGAAGUAUUGCAGUCCGAGAGCUUCAUAAUACGUGCAAGCUCACAGAAAUCAAUCGAUAGUAUAGACGGCGGCGAUCUUUCAUCCCUUAGCCAAUCUUUGCCUUUAUCCUAUCCUGACACCUCACUAACUACACCGGAAUCUACUCUUGAGGAUGAAACCAAGUUGGAAAUUGACACUGGUGUAGGGAAAGAUUCACCGUCUCAAAAUAGCGAUUUGGAUGUUGCAGAAAGCACUCCGUUAAAAGGAUCUGAAUUGCAUAUUGAUACCAGUGUGUCGCCAUCCGUGCAACUUAUACAAGCUUCUCCAAUAGUUGACGAACACAGUAGUGAACUUCAGGAAAAUCCCUCACCAUCGACAUCUUAUAUACACCAAUCUCCUUUGACACCAGAUACAUCCAAUGCAGUGGAAUCCGAUGAUACGCUGCCCUAUGAGGAGGCGUCUACCUCCGUAGAUGACAAGCCCGCAGUUGCGUCAACCUCAGUUGGUUCAACUGGUGGCAAUCUAGACAAAGGAACAGAAAUAUACCCAGAAUCAGAUGAUGAAUCAGCUUCCAGUGAAUUGCAUGGUGCUAGUGCAAAAAAGCCAUCAUCGUCCUAUCUAAGUCAACUUGCUAGUUCAAUGUCUCGAUUUAUUUUAGGUUAAUGUUUUUGCGAUACUGCGGACCUUAGCAAUACUUUUCUAGUAGUACUCCUUUAAUUUUUGAUUUUAGUAAAUGUACAAUACAAAUCUCAUUACCAAACGAUGUCUUCACUUUUGCACCAUGUCUGACACCAAGUAUUCUCUAUACCUUCACAAGCU